CGGCGGCGGCCCCGGCCCGGCUCGCCCCCUCGGCCCUGCCCGGGGCUCGUCCGCGGGCGGCGCGGCGCGGCGGGCUGGGCCGGGGCGCGGGAGCGGCUGUCUCCUGCGGGAGGAGAGGAGGCGGCUGGCUCCGGGGGCGACCGCCGGGGUGGCGUGGGCUGGUCGCUCAGUAGACCUUCAUGGAGGAGCACGGCGUGACCCAAACCGAGCACAUGGCUACCAUAGAAGCCCAUGCCGUGGCCCAGCAAGUGCAGCAGGUCCAUGUGGCCACCUACACUGAGCACAGCAUGCUGAGCGCUGACGAAGACUCGCCGUCUUCUCCCGAGGACACCUCCUACGAUGACUCCGACAUCCUCAACUCCACCGCGGCUGAUGAGGUAACAGCCCAUUUGGCUGCUGCAGGUCCUGUGGGAAUGGCUGCUGCUGCUGCGGUGGCCACGGGAAAGAAGCGGAAACGGCCGCACGUGUUUGAGUCGAACCCGUCGAUCCGGAAGAGACAGCAAACACGCUUACUUCGGAAACUACGAGCCACUUUAGACGAAUACACGACUCGAGUGGGCCAGCAAGCUAUCGUCCUCUGUAUUUCGCCCUCCAAACCCAACCCUGUCUUUAAAGUGUUCGGCGCGGCACCUCUGGAGAAUGUGGUGCGCAAGUACAAGAGCAUGAUCCUGGAAGACCUGGAGUCGGCCCUGGCAGAACACGCCCCCGCGCCACAGGAGGUUAACUCCGAGCUGCCACCUCUCACCAUCGACGGAAUUCCGGUCUCUGUGGACAAAAUGACCCAGGCCCAACUUCGGGCAUUUAUUCCAGAGAUGCUCAAGUACUCUACGGGGCGGGGAAAGCCAGGCUGGGGCAAGGAAAGCUGUAAACCCAUCUGGUGGCCUGAAGACAUCCCGUGGGCAAACGUCCGGAGUGAUGUCCGCACAGAAGAGCAGAAGCAGAGGGUUUCAUGGACUCAGGCGCUACGGACCAUAGUUAAAAACUGUUAUAAGCAGCACGGGCGGGAAGACCUUUUGUACGCAUUCGAAGAUCAGCAAACACAAACACAGGCCACCACCACACACAGUAUAGCCCACCUUGUCCCAUCCCAGACCGUAGUCCAGACCUUUAGUAACCCUGACGGCACUGUCUCACUUAUCCAGGUUGGUACAGGGGCAACAGUAGCCACAUUGGCUGAUGCUUCAGAGUUGCCAACCACAGUCACUGUUGCCCAAGUGAAUUAUUCUGCGGUGGCUGACGGAGAGGUUGAACAAAAUUGGGCCACGUUACAGGGAGGUGAAAUGACCAUCCAGACGACACAAGCGUCAGAGGCCACCCAGGCGGUGGCCUCCUUGGCAGAAGCAGCGGUGGCGGCGUCUCAGGAGAUGCAGCAGGGAGCGACGGUCACCAUGGCACUGAACAGUGAGGCCGCUGCCCAUGCCGUCGCCACGCUAGCCGAGGCCACCUUGCAAGGCGGGGGACAGAUCGUCCUGUCUGGAGAAACCGCAGCAGCCGUUGGAGCACUUACUGGAGUCCAGGAUGCUAAUGGCCGGCAAAUGAAAUGUUUUGAAGGACUUCCCUCCAGCCUGUCAUCCCUAGAAAGACCUGUAGAUACCCUUGACGGCUCUAAAACCCGCAGGAGUUACUUAGGACUGGUCCAGAUCCCCGUCAGCAUGUACCAGACUGUGGUCACCAGCCUCGCGCAGGGCAACGGGCCGGUGCAAGUGGCCAUGGCCCCGGUGACCACCAGGAUAGCGGACAGCGCGGUCACCAUGGACGGCCAGGCGGUGGAGGUGGUGACCCUGGAGCAGUGACCCGCCGCCAAGCCAGAGCUCCCUUUUCUAGUCUCCUUCCAGAUUUUGUACACGUUUGCAGAGGUGCAAUCACAUGGGAUUAAGUCUCUUGACUUAGGAAGACAAGUUUUGUUAAUUUUUUUUUUUUUAAGAAAAAAAAGGAAGAAAGGCAGCAGAUUUGGGACUCAUGUUUUUUAAAGCACCACUCUGAGCUCCGGGGGCCGGGGCGUGAGAGACUGAGCUCUCGCACUCAGCGUUCCCUCAAAAAAAAGGCCAAAUUGUGGCAGGACUUCUUUCUGCGGAAACGUGUGUGUAUACAUCCGUGUGUCUCUGUGUGAGUGUGAAUAUAUGUAUAUGUGUACAUAGGGAUAUACACAUCUACAUAUAUGUACAAAGUAUAUAUAUAUGUAUAUGUUUAUAUAUAUAUAUAUGAAACCCGCAUGGAUUAUCUGUAUGAAAUCAGGGUGAGCUGUGGGGAAAUAAUUCACCCAGUUUAGUGGGUGUCGGGUACGUGGCCAGACACAGCCACCCAGUUGUCGUUCAUACCAGGGUCAUGCGAUGAGCUACUGACAAACUCAGGCGGAGGUGACUGUGGCCUUCACCAAAACUGCCUCCCAGAGGCCGCCCCGGACUCUCCCCACGGCCUCCCUUGAGGCAGGAGGCACCAGGAGAGAGCCCGUGCCACAGGGUGGCCGGCAGGGUCAUGGGCCUCCUGGUCUGGCAGCUGAGAGCUCCUCGGGCGGGCCCCGGUGCCGACCUUGCCAUCUCCAGGCCAAUGUUCUCCAGCGUCCCGGGUGGGGACCCAGAGGCCGCCCACCCUGCCCGGGGCGCCCUCCUGCCCUGUUCACUAUUAAAACGUUGCUUCGGUCUGAAGGCCAGUCCUGAAUCGGUCCGGGUAGAUGAACAGAAGAUAACAGAAGUAUUAAGGGUUCAAGGAGUACGUAUGCGUUAUUAAGUGUGC